AUGUAUCUGUGUGACACAUUGGCUGGCUGGCUGGCUGGCUGGCUGGCCUUCAUAUACAGCUUGGUCCAAGCGCACAUUUAAGCGUAACUCAUAUGACCCCGCAAGCGUGUCUCGGUGUCUUUACUCUACAGAUAUUAUAUCAGGUUGAAGGAUCGGUGAAGGGAAGGUCGUAUUCAAUACCAGAGCUGAAUGAAGGGGGUAACCACGAGUAACUUAGCGACCCCCCCCCCACGGGCAAAAUGUCUCAAAGCAGCAACAAACAUUGAUCACUUUAAACAUCUUUGUACGCUGUACGAAAAAACAAAAAACAAACAAGAAAAACACUGCAAGUUAUAAACGUGUAGACCCUUUACUUUGGCAAACCUAAGGAGAGUUGAUUAACAUUUGAGGAAAAAGUGUCCCUACUGGAACCUCUAGCCAAAAAAUGAAUGUCGUAAACACACUGAUUGUAAUCAUUAUUUGAUCAUAAUUUCUUCACCACUUCCUCUAGAAUCAUCAUGGGAGUACAUAGACACAUGUUCAAUCACACACCAGGUCCCUGUCACAUUGUCCCCGGAAUAGAUGUUGGCUCCGAAGAUAUAACAACGUUGUCGAACGGCAUCGCCUUUAUCACAUCGGGCGUGGCCCUCACUGAGGCUCAUAUAAACUCCAUCCAAGGCCGUAUUUACAUCUUUGACUUUAACAAACCGGACGACGCCGUGAAGGAAGUAAAGAUUACGGGGAGCUCCUUCAACAAGACGGCCAUGCAACCGGUUGGAACAAGCGCCUGGGAGGACCCCCAAACGGGCAAAGUCACCUUGUUUGUGGUCCAUAAACCACUGCCCCCAAGAACACAGUCGGUCGAAUUGUUUGAUUACGACCACAGUUCUGAAACGCUGCACCAUCGGAAGACGGUUAUAGACGACAACAUUUUUGCACCCAAUGACGUGGUAGCUACGAGUGCCGAUACGUUUUACGUCACCAACGAUCUUCGCCUGGGUCGCUUGGGGCUUCUGGAGGUUUCCUUAGCCCUACCGACGGGAACAGUGGCUUACUACGACGGUUCCAAGACCGAGCAAGUGGCCAGUGGGUUCGCCUAUGCCGAUGGUAUCAACCGAUCACCUGAUGGAAGGUUCAUCUAUGUUUCUGCCGUAAUGGAUGCUGAGAUCAGUGUUUUUGAAAGAAACCCGAAGGACCGUCGCGGUUCACUAGAGCUCCGAAAGGCAAGUUAAAAUCAGGAAAAAAAUACA